CAACUAUAAUUUAACACUUCCUUAUUUUUGUCUCUAAAUCAAAUGGGAAGGGUUUUUCCAAAAGAGGAAUAUAUUUUGAUUUUUGAAGCAUAAACGGAGGAAUUAUAAUCCUAAUUCUUGCUUUUCUCCCCCUUCCUACCAAACACACCCUACAGUUCUACACUUCUAAUCUCAACUACACACUUUGCCCAGCUCCUAUUGUCCGCCGGGUAUAUACAACGCGUAAUCUCGAGUCGAACAAACAAACCAUGGGAGAAAUUUUGGCACUUUCACACUCUGCUACACGGCUUCCUCAUUCGCGGGCCCAAGCCUGGUGCCAAAGCCACUAUUCUCUUGAUCGCUAUGAACUGCCCUCAUCUUUGCGUGUUCGGGCCAAGUCACCCACAUUGUUCCCGCGUUGUUACACUCGUAAAAACGGGUUCAUGUGGGGGCUCAGUUCUGGCAGUGCCUCCAAUUUUAAGGUUCCAACCACCUUUGCUGCUGGUGGCGCCGGAGGCGGCCCUAGUGGGGGCCACGGUGGCAAUAACAACGGUGGUGGUGGCAAUGAAGAGGGACCAGAAGAUGGAGAGGAGGAGCCUAGCAAAGGGAAACCAGGCCUAACCAUGGCACAGAAGUUGACACUGGGGUUUGCUUUCUUGGUGGGAGCUGGGGGCGCGGCGGGGUAUUUGAAGAGUGGGAGCAAGAAGUCAUUGAUCGCCGGGGGAGUUUCAGCCUCACUUCUCUAUUGCGUCUUCACCAUGCUCCCAACAAACCCCGUUCUUGCAUCUUCCGUGGGCUUCGCCAUCUCUGCUGGGCUUCUGGGCGUGAUGGGCCCGCGGUUUAUGGCGUCCAAGAAGGUCUUCCCUGCUGGCAUUGUCUCCUUGGUUUCUCUUGUCAUGACCGGUGGCUAUUUACAUGGAAUCUUUCGCAGCUUGCAUUAGAAUCGAUGAAUGGCGGAUCUUCUUCUCCUUGCUCAAACUAUGUUAUUUUUAGUCAUUUGUGCCAAUAGUUCUGAGUACAAACACUCUCCCUUUACCCUUCCCUCGUGAGAUUUUAUUGGGUUUAUUCUAUACUUUUUUU